CGCUGGGAACAUAUUAUCGGACGCGUCCGUAAGCCGCGGCUGAUGGACGCGACUUGUUUCUAUCUGGUUAAUACAAAAUAUACUAAACUGUGCAUAUUGUCUGUCAUAAGUCGCGGACGUGGCCUUGAGCGCUCGGACGUCCAAACAGAAUCUGGCUGGCUGGAUGUUUAAGGUCGAUUCACACAUAUCAGUGAACCCACAGUUCCGGCACAGUACCGCAUCAGUGAUAAUUAUUCUUUCAAACAUUCUCUAUGGAUGUAUUCGCACUUGUCAGUGUCAGUGUCGUCUCAGUACCGUCAGUGUCAGUGCCGGCACCGGCCAUCACGGACGUGAUCGGCGAAGACGAUAUUUUAUCACGGAUCACUGACGCCGCUGCAUCGAAAACAAAAUGGAAGACGAGGUGUUGAUUGAAUUAGUUCGUGAGAAUCCUGUUUUGUAUGAUUUAUCUCAUGCAAAGUAUAUGGAUACAAAAUACAAAAACAAUUUGUGGAACAAAAUAGGAACACAAAUGAAUGUAGACGGUUCAACAUGCAAAACACGGUGGAAUAACAUAAGAGACAACUAUCGAAAAUCGUUGAAGAAAACGGAAACUAAAAGUGGACAAAAGAAGACCAAUGUUAAAUUAUACAAAUACUAUGAACAAUUACAUUUUUUGAAAAAAUAUUUCAAUGAACGACCGACAGUACAAAGUGUAGAACCAAAAAAAGAAAAUUCUGACUCCGAAACCAACGAGCCUCGAAAUACCGUAUCCAUUUCACCUGAUAUACCCAUUGUCGCUAGUCACGAAGCAUCCAUUCCAUCACCAAGCUACGUAUCCACUCCAUCACCACAGUGCGUCCGCACUCCCACACCAUCACCAAGCCAUGUGUCUACUGCAUCACCAUUGUACGUCCGCACACCCACACCAUCACCAAGCCAUGUAUCCACUCCAUCACCACCAUCACUGGCGUCUCUAUCUACUACAUCUACUUUAAGAAAGAGAAAAGGUUCGACAAAAUGCACACCAAAACCAUCCUCAGCAUCUUCAUUAAUGGAAUAUGUUCUUCAAAAAAAUCAAGAAAAAGCCGAACGCGUCGAGCAUCCAGUUGGUGCUUUUUUAAAUGGUAUUGCACCCACACUGAAGAAUUUGAAUCAAUAUUACUUAAAUUUGGCAAAGACUGAAAUAUUUACAACUGUGCAAAAAUAUGAGAUGAAGAUGAUGACAGAGCAAAAUGUACCAUUAUAUCCAAGAGAUAUUGCAACUGAACCAAAAAAUAUAAAUCUCACAUCGCAAUCUAUUCUUGACUCUACUGGAUUGGCUAAUAUAGUAGUAUCAUAUCCAAGAGAUAUUGCAACUGAACCAACAAAUAUAAAUCUCACAUCGCAAUCUAUUCUUGACUCUACUGGAUUGGCUAAUAUAGUAGUAUCAUAUCCAAGAGAUAUUGCAACUGAACCAACAAAUAUAAAUCUCACAUCGCAAUCUAUUCUUGACUCUACUGGAUUGGCUAAUAUAGUAGAUCCCACACAACAUAGUGAUGUGCAGCAAUUUGUUAUGAACUCUACAUUUAACGAAUGAUAAUGCUCUAGAACUUAACAAAGUGUUAAAAGUAUAAUGUGUUUAUGUGCCACAUACGAAGUAAUAAAAACUGAUUUAAAUACAUAUUUUCAGAAUUUUAAUUAAAAGGUUAUCCUUAAACAUACCUGUCAGUGGAUACAUCUGCACUGCAAAAAAUGUGUUCACUGAUAUGUUAUCGACUGUUUCUACCUCCAAAAAGGUAAAAAUAAAGUUAAUAACAUCCGGUUUACCUACCUUAGACAAAUUGCGAGCCGCUCUCUAGGAGAUAUAGCCUUCCUCCAUCGAGUAUCUUUCUUUACUAAUUUAUUUCCCAGCUUCUGAAGGAGAAUAUUAAAACAGCUUUCCGACAUUUUAAAAUAUUCAAAAUACUUUCUUUCGUCUUUAAUUAAUUCUUUGUAUAAUGUCACGAAUUCUCCUUCAGAUUCUCUUAACUUCCAUGCUUCAUGUACCCAUUUUCUUUUUUUUCCUCGAUUUUCUUCUUCUUCUUCUUCGUCUAAAGCAAUGGCUAUCAUAGCUAAUUCUGUGUUGUUGAAGAGUGCCAUCAAAAUAAUCGACGUCAACGCUAGUCUGAAGGGAACGUCGUGCACGAAGACCCGCAGAGAACUGUACUGUGCCUGAUAUGUGUGAAUUGAAGCACUGACGCACCACUGUUGCACGGCUACGGAACUGUAACGGUACUGUGCCGGAACUGUGGGUUCACUGAUAUGUGUGAAUCGACCUUUAUAUGUCCGCGGACGGUGUGAACGAGGUGCGGGACGCGUCCGCGGACGUUUCGGGUUCAUAAGCUAACCAACCGCGAUCGCGCGCGGUAAUACAUCAGCGCAAUGGACGAAAAAUUAAUAGAAUGUGUUAGGGCCCACGAAUGCCUUUAUAAUCAUAAACUUCAACAUUAUAAAAAUGCUGCAUUAAAAGACCAAGUAUGGGCUCAAAUAGGGCGUGAAUUAAACACUACAGGUAAGAGUAAUUAUUACUUUAUUUUAAACUAUUCUAAUUUGUCCAAGGCAAACGUCCAUUCUCAGAACUAAAGUAGUCGCAAAACUUGUCUCGUAUAUCAAAUGCCACACGAGUGGAAUUAUGACGAAUACCUUCAAAUGAUAUAAAGUUAUCUGGUACACCAUUAGGUACUUCUUGCAAAAAAAUAUUAUCGUCGUCGGCGUUCCGUAGCAUGUUGUGUAAGCAACAACAAGCUAAAAUAAUUUUAUCAACAUAUUCUGGUUGUACUUCAAUAUCUGUAUGAAAUAUCCGCCAUCUUGCUGCUAAAAUUCCAAAUGCAUUUUCGACUGUCCUCCUCGCACGCGAUAAUCUAUAAUUGAAGUUUUUUUUGUUUGCAUUGUUAGAGACAGCUUCUUUACUAUAUGGUCUCAUUAAAUAUCGUUUUAAUGGAAAGGCUUGGUCUCCUAUAAUGACAUGUGGCAUGGGUUCACCACCAUUUUGCAAUGGUGUAUCUGCUGGUACAUCUGCAGUAUUAUUCGCCAAAGAAGUUCCCAGUUUUGACUCGGCAAACACACUACCGUCACUAUUACGUCCAAAGGCCCCAACAUCAAUUGUAAUAAAUUUGUAAUUAGCGUCAACUAAUGCUAAGAGAACAACAGAGUGUCGGCCUUUAUAAUUGUAGAAUGACGUUCCUGCAUUAUUAGGGCAAAAUAGCAUAACAUGCUUGCCGUCUAAGCUGCCGAUACAUUUAGGAAACUGCCAUUUAUCGCUGUAUAUUUUCGCUAUUUGCUUCCACGUUUCCAUGGUAGGUUUUGGCAUAAAAAUAUCUUUUAAAUUUUUCCAAAUAGCCGUAGUUACCUCCAGUACGAUAGUUCUUAUUGUGCUAAAUCCCAUUUUGUAUCUAAAUCCCAGUGAUCGAAAUGAUUCUCCCGUGGCUAAAAACCUGAAAAAGUAUAAAUUAAUAAGAAAUCGGCCAAGUGUGUGUUGAGCCACGCGCUGUAGGGUUUGGUAGUCAUACAUAUUUCAUUUUUAUAAUAUUGAUAAGAUAAACCAAUUCUUAACGAUAAUUCGUUUUUUUAGCUUCACAAUGCAAGACAAAAUGGAACCUGUUAAGAAAUGCGUUCGUGCACGCGAUAUCUAGAAGAAAGACGGUAACGGGCCAAGGAGUAAAAAACUGGAAGAAAUGGAAAUUUGAAGAUGAAAUGUCUUUUUUAUUGCCCUAUAUGGCACAUAUGCUCACAGUGUCUAAUGUUGAUGAGAGCGAAGAAGACCAAAAUUCAGGUCUAAACGACGACAACUCAAACGAGAACAAUAGGAAACAAAAAAAACGGAAAGAUAACAACAAUUACCAGGAACAAAUAUUAAAUAUAAUGAAAACAAGGACAUCGAAUAAACCUGAAAAAGAUGAUGUUGAUUUAUUUUUUGAAACGAUGGCCAAAAAAGUGAAGAAGUUCCCCAAAUUGGAUCAAAUUCAAUUACAGUUUGAUAUAAUGAAAAUGGUCCAUGAAAUUGAAAUCAGAUGCGAAACAUCUGCUAUAGAAUCUUCUGCUUCUUCC